AUGGCCUCGUUGUCGCUGUUUGUGGAAAGCAGCAGCAGCCUGGCGUCUUCGGCCGACGAAUCGUCCAACCUCGCGUCGUCCAGCUCGACUCCUCCCACGACCGUCACCGACAGCGACUCCCUGCACUCGGACACCCCCAAACACGAUGUCAUCGCCGUGAUUGACGACUCAACCGUCGUCGCCGUCGCUCCGCCGCCGCUGCCCGUGGCUGAAGUGCCGUCGCCGCGACGGCCGCAGAGGGCACGUGCCAGUCUGCCCGUCUACAAUCUCGCAAAGCUCAGCGGCACGGCCGCGCAUGGAAAGAGAAGGGCCAAGGGCGACAUCGUGGCCGACCGCCGCAGACGUCGCACCAUUGGCGGCACCGCGCUGGCUGCUGGCGACGCCGACGUCGGGGCCGCGCUGGACACAAGCAUUGACGCGUUGGGCCUCGCCGCUGCGAAGAAGACGCCGCGCGCACAGCGCCUGGCGCGACCCUCGCCGCGCUCGCUGCGAUCCGUGGCGCGUCUCGGCGGUCCAGCUGGCGGUGAUGCCGCCGACUCCCCCGUCUCGUCUGCCGCCACCAAACUCGCCGCCAUUGUCACCAAGCGAGGGCGCAAGCCCGUCGGCAAAACCGGCGUCAAGAUGUCCCGCGAGCUGCGCCGCCUGCAGGACACCAAGGAGUUCAGCCACAUCGACGACCGGCCCGUCGUGCACAGCGUCUGGUCCAAUGGCAAAUACAUCGACCCCAACCGGCCUGUUGAGCGCCGGCGGCCGCGCAAAAAUGCAAAGGUCGACAAGUCUGAGAUCGAGGUCAAGCAGGAGGAGCCGGAAGAGCCUGCGCCCCAGGUCAAGAAGCCUCGAGUCAAAAAGUACAUGGACCACGGCCUCUAUUCCGGCCAGGACGUGCCCAAGGACAUGGUCCGAGGACUGACGGCGGCCGAGAAGAAGCAGCUGGCGCAACUGCCCGAGCUGAGGCCCCGCAAAGAGAACAAAGUCAUGCCUGCGCCCAUCUUUGGCGGCUUCCGUACUCUGCUGGCUGGCCGCGACUUCAAGCUGCCAUUCCAUGUGUGCAACCCGCUACCGCCGGGCCAACCCAAGCCCGACGAGUGGAAGAAGAUGACCAAGAACCGAUUCAUUGGCGAAUCCAAGGAAAUCUGGAAAAAGAUGCCACACAUUCUCGAUUAUCAGUCCAAGUGCGUGUGCAAACCAGAAGACGGAUGCAGCGAGAGCUGCCAGAACCGAAUCAUGCUCUACGAAUGCGACGAGACAAACUGCAAUAUUGGCAAGGCCUUUUGCACGAACCGAGCAUUCGCCAACCUCACAGCUCGGCGAGCUAGAGGCGGCAAGUACCGCGUCGGAGUCGAGGUGAUCAAGACGUCAGACCGAGGCUAUGGCGUCCGCAGCAAUCGCUGCUUUAGGCCCCACCAAAUCAUCAUGGAGUACGCUGGUGAGAUUAUUACCGAAGAGGAAUGUGAACGACGAAUGAAUGAGGUUUACAAGGAUAAUGAGUGCUAUUACUUAAUGAGCUUUGACCAAAACAUGAUAAUUGAUGCUACCACGGGCAGUAUUGCUCGAUUUGUAAAUCAUAGCUGCAAUCCCAACUGCCGCAUGAUCAAAUGGAUCGUCUCGGGGCAGCCUAGGAUGGCUCUUUUCGCUGGCGAUAAGCCCAUCAUGACCGGCGAGGAGCUCACGUAUGACUACAACUUUGAUCCCUUCUCAGCAAAGAACGUGCAAAAGUGUCUAUGUGGGCAGCCCAAUUGUCGGGGAGUGCUGGGGCCCAAGCCCAAAGGAGUCAAGCCCCCUCCCAAGGAGAAUCCUGGCAAGGGAAGAGGCAAAGGCAAAGGCAAAGGAGGGAAGCGGAAAUUCAAGGACCUGUCUGGGAAUGAGGAGAAUCAGGACCCCAACAACAAGGCGAAGAAGCGCAAGAUUCAGGACAAGCCGAAGCCUAUCAGGACUCUCAAGGCCGUCAAGGCAUUAAAGCCCGUCAAGGGGCCAAAGGUCAAAAAGGCGCUGAAGCCAGCCAAGACAGUGAAGCCUGGCAAGACGUUGAAAUCUAUCAAGGUGGUAAAGCCAAAGGUUGCCAAGGUUGCCAAUGUUACAAAGCCCAGAAAGACGCUUCAGCCCGCAAACGCAAAGACAACCAAGAGGCCAUACUCAAAAGUCAGCAUCAAGCUGGUUAAGAACACAGCAACGACCAAAGGCCAGCGAAAGAAGCGAGAAAGCACCACCAUCACCGUCAGCGGGGCAGCCUCUGGCCUUUCUGUUUCAGUAUAA